CUUGACGCCCGGAUUCCGCCAGUCGCCGGCAACGGAGCCGCUGGAUUGACAAUGCUCGUUUGGAUCAUCUUCGCCUCUUUAUUACGAGGUUUCUUCCAACAUGACAAUCUUUUCUAAGAAGAUUUCGAAUGGAACUCUGUGACUGUUAUGAUUGUGAAUUCAUUGGCUAAAAAGGAUUGCUUGAAAAGAAGAAACAUGAGGAUAAUAAAAAGUGCAGUCAGCCUUAGACUCAUAUCCCUAGAAGUUCCUGACAAAGUAUCUAGAGGUCAAGGCACCAGAUUAACGUGCGGUUAUGACCUGGAAGGUGACACGCUAUACUCCAUCAAAUGGUACAGAGAUGACGUGGAAUUUUUCCGAUACGUACCCACCGACAAACCUCCAGGACAAUUUUUUCCUUUACAAGGCGUGAAAGUAGACAUGUCAAAAUCUAAAAAUGGCUCAGUUUAUAUUCGUGACAUUAGUCAUCUGACAGCAGGAAUUUACAAAUGUGAAGUAUCCGCAGACGCACCAUCCUUCCAGACCGUAUCUGCUGAAAAGAACAUGGCAGUACUCGAAUCGUCUGGAUACGCUCAGGCGGACAGAAGCACUGUAAACGUAUUGCUAGUAACCAUGUUGCUUAUUCUUCAGUGGAGGUACCACAUCUGGUGACAAAAUGCUUUUGAUACCAGGUGUAUGAACUUUCAAGCAGUUGCUUUGUGCCUUGAGAUUCUGCAUCCUCUUUGUAAGCAGGGCAUCUAUAUAACCAAGCAAGCAGAUGAAAGGACGGUGGAAUGACUAAAUAUCGUGCUGUUUGACACAUCGAAUGAUUAGAGUGAAAGUUAACAAAAGCUCAAGCAGAAAAGCAUCACUCGAACCUAAGUAUUGAAUGACUCUAAGAAAUACUCAAGUCAGUUUACCAAACAUGUUACUGACAACAACUCAUACUAAAAGCUUUUAUUAUGAAGGUUGGUUAAUUGCUCCAAGAUGGUGUCAACAGGUUGUUCUUGGUAUAUUAGGAUUACAUUGUCAAUACGUGAAUGAAUCAUGAGAACUGUAAAUAAGAAUAUUUAAUGACUUUGUGUUCAUUUGAAAACUGUUUAAUGGUAUACGUGACAAAGUUUCAAGCCAAGGAUCAUGUUACCGAAUUUUGCAGCCUUUCAGCGAAUUAAAUAGGUUGAUUUUACCACGUUCCCUUCCAUAUUAAGCGUUGUAGGUAGAAUAUUUUACCAAUGUCAUUAAAAAAAAACCAGCAAUACCAUUUCAUUUUUUUUUUCAAGAGUACCAUUUUCAUGCGUAUCGUACGCUCUUCCUGAGAAAAAACGAGGCCCACCAGGAAACUGUUUAUCAUCUUCUAACUUAUAUCUUAUUUUUCACGACUGAAAAAAAUGCGCGCAUGUAAAAUGUUUGAUAUUAAUUGUUAUCUGCAAAUUUUUAUUCAGUGUUCUGAACUCAUUUCUGAGAAAUGACCUUAAAUUCUUGACGAAAGUCUAGAUUUGGAAUAUGUAUACUAGAUAUGAUUUUUUGUUCAACCAUAAUCAAACGUACACUGCUCAAAGACUUAUGUUGAUUAACAAUUUUGAUUUAAAAGUUUCUUAUCACAGCCAACUCUAAGUUUUAAAGCAAAGUUAGAGAAAUGUUUUUAUCGAUAUUUUUUAAUGGCAUAGAAAAAAAUGGACAUGUAUAUAAAUACAUAACUUAUUUAAAACCUAUGUGCAUAUUUUUGGGGAGACUGCAAAUUAGCUUAAUAGAGUUUUAUUUGGUGUUGAAUAUGAAUGAGCUGAAAGAAUAUUUGUUACUGCUGUAAAUGUUUUGUUCAAAACAAAAUUACGUAUUUAUCAUUUAUGAAUAAAGGUGUAAAAAUGUUACAACAGAGAACUUCAUGUUUUAAAAUCGAUGUAAUAAGACAUUUACUGUAUUGUUUCUGUAAAAAUAAUUU